CAGCGCAACAGUCCUCUAUUGGUCCGGCGGCAGAGUCAGCGGUGCGGUUAGGCAAUAUUCUCAGUUUUGUCUUCAAUUUCAAAUUGAUUAAGUAAAGAAAUUCUCCUAAACUAGCCUGACAAGAUUGAAAUGUUACAGUUUAGGUUUUCAACAGUGCUGAAGGAGUUGUCUCAAUCCAACCUUAAGCGUCCCUUGACAGGUAUUGCCAGAAAUAAAUCGUCAUCACAAAACCCUAACUGCUUCAGAACCGCCUGUCCCGAUGCCAGAGCUAUAUCUAAGUUAAAGACUUUCCAUGGUGGGGGACACCGACCUCCAUGCGUCUUACCUUGGAUAAGGACUUUCUGCACGAAGACUGAAGGAGCAAUAGAGGCGACAGAACAGGUGAAAAAAGAUGAGGACGGCACAACAACCACGAGAAGGAAGGCAGGCAUUUUGCCCAGCCUGGAGGAUCUGCUCUUCUACACCAUUGCUGAGGGCCAGGAGAAAAUCCCAGCCCACAAAUUCAUCACGGCACUGAAGGCUACUGGACUGCGGACUGGAGACCCCCGGCUCAAAGAAUGUAUGGACAUGCUGAAGCUCACCCUCCAGUCCUCCUCAGACGGCGUCACGCUCGACAGACACCUGUUCAAGAAAUGUGUCCAGAGUAACAUCGUGCUGCUCACGCAGGCCUUCCGCAAGAAGUUUGUCAUCCCCGACUUCCAGUCCUUUACCUCCCACAUUGACGAGCUGUACGAGAGUGCCAAAGACUUGACCGGAGGGCAGGUUGCUGACUACAUUCCCCAGCUUGCCAAAUUCAGUCCCGACCUGUGGGCUGUGUCUUUAUGCACAGUGGAUGGACAAAGGCACACUGUGGGCGACACGAAGGUCCCGUUCUGUCUGCAGUCGUGCGUGAAGCCUCUGAAGUACGCCAUCGCCGUGCACGACCACGGCACCGAGUACGUGCACCGCUUCAUCGGCAAGGAGCCCAGCGGCCUGCGCUUCAACAAGCUCUUCCUGGAUGAGGAUGAUAAACCCCAUAAUCCGAUGGUCAAUGCUGGUGCAAUAGUGUGCACAUCCCUGAUAAAGCAAGGAGCAGGCAACGCUGAGAAGUUUGACUAUGUUAUGAACUUCCUGCAGCAGAUGGCAGGAAACGAGUAUGUGGGAUUCAGCAACGCCACAUUCCAGUCGGAGCGUGAGUCAGGAGACAGGAAUUUCGCCAUCGGCUACUACCUGAAAGAGAAGAAGUGUUUCCCAGAGGGCACCGACAUGACCUCCAUUCUGGACUUCUACUUCCAGCUGUGCUCCAUUGAGGUGACCUGUGAGAGUGCCAGUGUCAUGGCUGCCACCCUGGCCAACGGUGGCUUCUGCCCAAUCACAGGCGAGCGUGUGCUGAGUCCCGAGGCAGUGCGGGACACACUGAGCCUCAUGCACUCCUGCGGCAUGUACGACUUCUCUGGACAGUUCGCCUUCCAUGUGGGCUUACCAGCUAAGUCAGGGGUAGCAGGUGGUAUCUUACUGGUGGUGCCCAACGUGAUGGGUGUCAUGUGCUGGUCUCCUCCACUGGACAAGCUGGGCAACAGCGUGCGAGGCAUCCAAUUCUGCACCGAUCUGGUGUCUGUGUUCAACUUCCACAACUACGACAACCUGAGACACUUUGCCAAGAAGCAUGAUCCUCGUCGCGAGGGAGGGGACCAACGGCAGCAGCACAACUUCGGGCCCAUGGAUUACGAGAGCCUGCAGCAAGAGUUGGCUCUCAAAGACUCACUGUGGAAAAAGGUCUCGUCCACCGAGUCCAACCAGGACAGCUCCACCACUGUAGUGUAUAGGAUGGAGAGUGUCGGCGAGCGCAACUAAAAUACACAUGCAAAACAAGACUAAAGCCAGAAGAAAAAGAGAAAAGAAAAAAAAAAUCCAUAUAAAAAAAGGACCUGUUCACUGCACACAUGUUCUAAUGCAGUAUCAAAAGAUACAUACAAGUGAAUAUAUAUAUAUAUAUAUUUAUAUGGAAUAAAUUAUUCAGAUGAGUAUUUAUUUUCCACACAGCUCGAUGGAUUGUUGGAAAAAAAAUGCUGUAUUGUUUGUAUUCUUUCUUUGCACCUCUGCAGAUUCUGUCUUUCUUCCUGAUCUCUCUCUCUCUCUCCCACUCUUAUCUCUCUCUCACACUCUAUCCUCUAGUCUCUCUAAAGCAGAUGGUAGCAGCCUCAGGCAGCCCUCUCUAAGCUAAGAUGAGAAGUUGUUAGAGCCUGUUACUAUCGCAGGUCUGCUUUGCCUCAGCUCUCCUGUCUGUGUACAAUGUUUGUUAAAAAACCAUAGCAAGGGAUUCAGUUUUUUCUUUUAUUUUUCAUUUCUUUUUUUUCUUUUUCCAUGUUUUUUAUUUUGUUUUCCUUCUUAAAACUGGGUUUGGGUGGCCAGAGAGUUUAAAAACUGUAAAGUGAAUCCAUCGAGUGUAUGUUUCUGGGAUCUUUUUAGUUUUUGUUAAGUACACAGUGUGUGAAAAUGCUUCUUGUUUCUUGCUUUUGUUUUGUUUUGUUUUUGUUUUCCUGGUUUAUUGUCAUAAGCGUCUACCAGUGAGUAUUUCAGUUACAAGUGUUAAGUUGGGAUUUGGGGAUCUGAGGUGCUGUUGAGGGUCCUGUCUGCUUUUGAACUUUGUUACAGGUCAGCACAACACAAACACAUACUCUCUCUCUCUUACACACACACAUUUUAGAUACCUUAAUUCAAUUCCACAUUACAAGUAAAUUUUAAUUAGGAAUCAAAUGUUUUGAAUGAUCAAACAGACACACACACACACACACACACACACACACACACACACACACACACACACACACACACCGUAUAUAGUCUGUUAGCUUAGCCAAUCACUAAACAGAUCAUCUCUAGGCCAUAUAUUUUAUAGUGCAGUGCACCCUGGGCAUUGAACUGGAACAGGAAAACUAACUUCAGUCUGGUCAUUAAGUAUUGUCAGUGCUCGGAAGAGUCCCACUGCAAAUCAUAGCCUGAUAAAUGACAACAUUACUGGCUCUGGCAACAUCUUUAAAAAUUGUACAAUAAUUUAUGAGCCAACUGUUAUGCUAUAGCAGCAGGAGUGGUGGUUUCACCGCCUCAACAGUAGCCUCAGAACCUAAUGGGAUCCACACUUCACAAACGUUCCGUUUUAUACCUUUGUCAUCCUCCUCCUUACCUUCCUCCUCCUCUUCUUCCUCCUCCUCCUCUCUUCUCACAUCUCUUCAUAAUGCAAGCCCUGGAAUGUGACCAGAGCUGGAUCUUUCUUUGCACAGACAAAAAAACCCAAAGCCUUAGAUGUUAAAUGCUGCUCUUUAUCAGACACUAUCUAUCCAUUGGAUGUACAUUCAUGUCAUAUCAUGCUGGAGCUUAAAACAGUUCAUACAGAAAUCGUCUUUUUCAGUCAUUCAGCUAUGAUAAGCAGUGAUGUUGGAUUGAGCUGGAAAGAUAUUGGCUCUGUUGUCAGACUGAAACUUUUGGAUUUUGGAUUUGGCAUCUUUUUUUUUUCCUUUGGUGUGAUUUUAAGCAAAAUGCUGUUACUUGUAACUGAUUUUUUAUCACAAUUAAAUGUGUACUAGAAAUUGUCCAGAUAGGACAUAAUUCUCAAGCUCAUUUAGCCUUCAAAUAGGUUUUAUCUGUUCUGGAGUCAUGCUCUAUCUGGAUGACAUUUACAUAUAGAAUUACUGCUUUAAUUGUGGCUGACACUUGAAGUUAUUAUUGUUUUGUUUGUUUGUUUCUGAAUAUGGUGUGAGCAUUCAAAAGCUUGAUAGUGGAUCUAGCCUUGAAAAGCGAACUUGUAAAUGCGAUCCUUCCCACCUAAAAAUGACCACAAAAGUGAACAGCCAGUGCUUUGAACCGUUGUGCUUUCUCUUUGUGGCGAAACUGGAACUUGAAUGUUGCUACUCUUUCAGCUGACACUUGGUCAAACUUUUUGUCGUCACAGGUCAGAAAAGUGUAGAAAAUCGGAUCAAUUAUGAAAGUGAAGUUGAUAGCAAGAAACCACAAUUUCUCAUAUGAUUGCUCUGAAUUUGUCCAGCCCUGCUUACCCCUCCCAAAAUAAUGUGACAGCUGCCCAAUUAGCCCAUUUCACAAUUUUUGGGUUUCCGGCUUAGUUGAACUGAGGUUAAUAAUAUCUUGGAAGGGUCCUUCCUGUAGACUGUGCUGAAGAGUGACUAUGACCUUAUUUACAUCUAUGAACCUGAACCUGACCUCAGCAAACUUGACAAAAAGACAUUUUGAAAAAGCGCUGCAUUUUUAAUUAAUCUGUUUGUUGACAGCAAACGGCCAGCAAAUAGUGAUAGCUUUGAAUUUGAAUUUCAGCAGCAAGUUGGUUUACACAGUCAACAUGUUGUGAAAUGGGCUAAUUCAGGUUGACAGAAGAGAAGAGUUGUUUUUGAAUGCAGCACUGCUACUGAUGUUUUCUCUGAUUGGUCUGAUGUAUUGGUUUCCACACAUCCUGAAAACUCUUUCAUGUCUUUCAUGUGUGUGUUUCUCUCACUGUUACUUUUUUUCUGUCUCUCUGGUAUGCUCAUUUUUGUAUCAAUGAAUAAAUUUAUUUUAAUCCCA